GAAAACUAUUAAUUAUGACUAAUAUGGAUGAGCAAAAUCUUAUUGAUGCAACAAUCUAUUACAACAAUCUGCUGCUUAAAGAAAUUUUAGCUAAUCAUGAUAUUAAUAUUUCACUAUCUUUGGCAGAAAAAUCUUGUACAAGAAUGGAAUUUGGGACUACAAAUGAUUGGCAGAAGGUUAUCUUUAGCAAUGAAUCAUUUGUUGAGAUCGGUAGCUAUUCACGAAAAAUGGUUGUAUGGAGAAUGAAAGAUGGCGAAAAAGGACCAUUGGUUUUUAUAAAGAAAAGAAAUAGUGCAGAAGCAAUUAAUGCUCAAAGAUAU